GCAUUACUAGGGCGACGGGCCCGACGCCUGCUUCGGGAUGAAUUAGCGGCGGGUUCUGCACCCAGGUUGUGACCCCCACGGAUUCUGAAGCUCACCCACGCGGUCUCCACUGCGUCGCGCGUAGUCCUCUGCUGGCCACAGAAUCAUGGUGUCAUGGAGAGGGAUAUACUUUAUACUCACUCUGUUUUGGGGAAGCUUUUUUGGAAGCAUUUUCAUGCUGGGUCCCUUUUUACCUUUAAUGUUUAUAAGUCCAUCUUGGUAUCGCUGGAUCAACAACCGGAUUGUGGCAACCUGGCUCACGCUACCUGUGGCAUUGCUGGAGACCAUGCUUGGUGUAAAAGUGAUUAUAACAGGUGAUGCAUUUGUUCCUGGAGAAAGAAGUGUCAUUAUUAUGAAUCAUCGGACAAGAAUGGACUGGAUGUUCCUAUGGAAUUGUCUGAUGAGAUAUAGCUACCUCAGAUUACAGAAAAUUUGUCUCAAGGCCAGUCUCAAAAGUGUUCCUGGAUUUGGUUGGGCUAUGCAGGCUGUUGCCUAUAUCUUCAUUCAUAGGAAAUGGAAGGAUGACAAGAGCCAUUUUGAAGACAUGAUUGAUUAUUUUUGUGAUAUCCAUGAACCACUUCAACUCCUUCUGUUCCCUGAGGGGACUGAUCUCACAGAAAAUAGCAUUACUCGAAGUAAUGAAUUUGCUGAAAAGAAUGGACUUCAGAAAUACAAAUAUGUCUUACAUCCAAGAACUACAGGCUUUACUUUUGUAGUUGACCGUCUAAGAGAAGGUAAGAACCUUGAUGCUGUCCAUGACAUCACGGUGGCAUACCCUCACAACAUUCCCCAGACGGAGAAGCACCUCCUCCUCGGGGACUUUCCCAAGGAGAUCCACUUCCACGUCCACCGGUACCCCGUGAACACCCUCCCCAAGUCCAAGGAGGACCUCCAGCUCUGGUGCCACAAGCGGUGGGAGGAGAAAGAAGAGAGGCUGCGCUCCUUCUAUCAAGGAGAGAAGAAUUUUUCCUUCACGGGGCAGACGGUCGUCCCUCCUUGCAAGUCAGAGCUCAGGGUGCUGGUGGUCAAAUUCCUCUCCAUCCUCUACUGGACCCUGUUCAGCCCCACAAUGUGCCUGUUCAUCUACCUGUACAGUCUUGUCCGGUGGUAUUUCAUCAUUGUCAUCAUCAUGUUCGUGCUGCAGGAGAGAAUAUUUGGUGGACUGGAGAUCCUCGAACUUGCAAGUUACCGCCUCUUACACAAACAGCCACAUUUAAACGCCAAGAAAAAUGAGUAAGAUCAUUAAGGUUCACGGUGGAAAAGCCUAGGGUGUGUUUCGGAAAUGUUCUAAGGCUUUGUAAAUGGAGAUGCAUUUUUGCAUGACUGUGUCAAAUAUUUCUUACCGUCAUUAUUUGUUAAAAGAUAUUUUGCACUUAGUUUUGUGGAACAAUAUUGCUACACACACAAUUUUUUUUUUUAUUUUAAUCUCUGAAUGUAAUUUCAACACUGUGUAGCAGGGAGCGAUGGUGGCAACAUUAACGAGGGCUGGAGUAUUAGUAAACAAUCAUCAGGCUGUUAGCAGUCAAAGUACACACAGACCUUACAGGUCCAGCCCUGCUUCCUGACACAUUCCCCAGAUGGGAGGCAGCACUGAAGCUCCUGAGCAUCAGCCCAGAUCAAGUGCCGGCACUUGACUGCGAAGGUGAGGGACCUUCCUCCCAGCUCCCUCCCGGCACUGUCCCUGCACCCCUUCCUAUGCCAAUCAAACCCUUGCAUCCUUCUUAAGACCAGAAGACAGAAACACCUUCUCCUUAAGCCGAACAAACAUUUUGAUAGGAAGCCCUUCAUUAUUCAUGAAACCUUGGCAUUUAGCCUUGCACUGACCGAGACAUCAGAAAACCACCGGUGCCCUUUUCUCAACGCAGAAAAUAAGACCUAGACGAGUCUCAGGGAGCAACCACAGGCUCUCCACUCAGAAACCUUAGUGUAAAUUUUUAAAGCUCGGACUUCAAACAGUAGUUCUUCACUUCUGUGUACCUUUGCAUAUUUAGCACUUGUUUCUUUACAGCUUGUUGGCAGGUGUCGCUUUUCUGCAUUAACAAUGGUAUACAUCAAAGUCACUUACCUUUUUGAGAACAUUCUGGUAUUGCCGUCAGAAACUCACUUUUGAAGUUGUGUCUUGGUUGAAAUAUUUCUUUAAAACCUUCCACAAGAAAGGAAGGUUAUUGUAUUUUCUACAUGUGCAUGUGUGUCUAACUUCUGCCACUAAAUCAACAACAAAAACACUUGCAGACAGGGCCGUAAUGGUUUAACCUAAAUUAUUCAACCCUUGUAGCCUUGACAAAUUUUAUUAAAAUCAAAGUGGUCACAAAAAUGAAUCCUUUCUUAAUGAUAGGGAUCUCUCUCUUUUUUAGUCUCAGGCUUCCUCUUUCACUAGUAAAAUUUAAACCCACUUUUGACCAAUUGUUCUCCUAAAUAUUCUUGUCAUUUGGAGUCAGUGGAAAAUCCAGCAAGCCAACAGUACCAGUCUCCUUCUGAGGCAUAAAAAAAAAAAGAAAUAUGUGGUCGAGGUUUCCACUCCACUGGAGCCUUGCAAUUACUUUUUAAAUUUUAUUUAUUUAUUUUGUCCUAAUGGGAAUGCUGGUCAGAGUAGCAGAAAAGAUGGGGCAAUUGAAAGUCUUGUCCUGUAAAGCAAACCUGCCCGCUUAUUCCUGCCUUGAACCAGCCCCAGACAUUCUUUCUAGCUUGGUCUGCUCUUGGUGCAAGCGCUUUCUCCUUAAUGACGUUUUGUUUUUGCUGGACGGUGAUUUCCAUCCAGUGAGCAGUGGACACGGGCAUCGCCGGGGAAGGCAAGCACGCUGUGAGCUGGACUUACCAGGCAGACUCUUCCAGAAGGUCCUGGUCACAGCAGCCCUCUGUCAGCACUCCACCUCCACUGGGAGGGUUCUAACUAGGGCCUCUACUGAAGGCCCAGCCUGUUUAACUCCUCCCCCGAGGCUGUUUCCAGUACUGCUGGGGCUUCUGAUUCGUUACUACCCACAUCUGCUCCAGACCCAGGUCUUCAGUGGUUUUUAAGGUGGUUGUUUUUUUUUUAAACCUUCUCCCCACCCCCAGCCCCCAAUAAAAGACGUUUUUAAUUUAGGUCUUUCUCAGACUUCUGGUUAUACUUGGAAACAAGAAAAUAGUUUAGCAAUCAGGAUUGCCUUUGUCCUGGGUAAGAGAGAUAGGCUGCACUUUCUACCCUUCAGGUGUUUGUAAUGUAGGCUGUUCCCCCUUCCUCCAGGCUUCUCUUGGCUGCUCUGGCUUUAAUGGCAGGUCCUCUUUAACCCUCUGAAACCUGUAAAGGGGGAACUCUCACUUUUUCAAACACGAUUUCUUUUGGUCUUAAAAAAAAAAAAAAAAAAAACAUGUUUU